GGGCGCGAUUCUCGCGGAGGCAUCGUUCAGCCGUCAAGGCGGCAGAGGGAGAAGAAGGGUCUCAUAUACCCGCUCAGCUCAGUCAACGAUGUUGCGUUUGCGUUUGCAGGGACCUCUAGUACUCAAACACAGGACACUGCCACUUUACCAAUGAUUGUACUGAGCGACGGAAAGAAGCGUGUUGUUUACCGGAUAAACGAAGCGAAGGAAAAUGUCUGGUUGUGUGAGGAGCCCGCUGCUGCUGCUGCUGCUGUUGUGUGGAGUUCAAGCGCAAGUAGAAAACCGGGUGAUUUUCCUGCCGGGAACGUUCCAGAACGUGAGCGUCUCCCAGAAUGAGACGGUGCAGGCCGUGGUGUCCAGGAUCCCCCUUGAGGUGGCGUUCAUCACUCUGCAGUUCCACACGCAGCACCGCAACGCCACGCUCUCCUACACCAGGAUGCCGGGCCUGGGUCUCUCUCUGACGGCAGUGGACUCGGGGCUGCUGUCGGCUCUCCUGCCGGGCCAAGCCUCCCUCUCCCUGUUCCUGUCUUCUCCUGACGGUGAAACAGUGGCGGGCACCGGGGUCAUCCUCCCGUACUCCAGCACCGACCCGGUCCCUGGAGCCUGUAACAUGGAGUUCAACCUGGACAUUGACCCGAAUGUCUAUAUCCACUACAAUCUCUAUGAGACAACAAUCCGUUUUGCACCAGCAAACUUAGGAUAUGAGAGGGGAGCAGCUCCUCCGGUGUGCGACCAGUCGACAGAAGGCAACACGCGCUGGCGGCUUCAGUAUGACGUCUACCAGUACUUCCUGCCUGAGAACGACCUAUCAGAGCGCAGCCUGUUCAUCGCCAUCCAGACCGUGGCCGACGUCCAGGGCAUGAUGCAGAACGGCAAGCGGGUCAUGACGCUAUCAUCGUCCGAUUUGAGCACGGCGGUGUUCAACUCCAUCCCCGGCCAGGGCGUCGUCUACUCCGUCAUCGUCAGGGACCCGCUGCUGAACACCUCGGCCUCCUACGUCCCCGUUCACACCUACGCCUGCAGCUUCGCUUCCACUCUGGACGGCUGUCAAACACUGGGAAAGGUAUCUACAAAGAUUUUUUUCACCAUCGCUGGCUUGGCAGGUCUGUUUGUGUGCUUCUGUGGGCACCGAUUCUUCAAAUGUGAGCUGUUCUGUAUGGGAUUCAGCUUCGCAGCGUUUUUCUUCUUCGUGCUGAUCACAAGGACCACAGGCCUGGACUAUGACAUCUGUCUGGCCCUGUCGGCGGUCAUCGGCGUGGUGGGUGGGGUCCUCCUGGUGAUGAGCUGGUGGCGGUUCGGUUCGGUCAUGGCCUGCAUCAUCGUGGUAGGAUUGAUGCUCGGCUUCCUCAUCGCCUCCACUGUCCUCUUCACUCCUCUCGGUGACCUCGAUGUGUUCAGGCGCUCUGAUGCGGUUUUCUGGGUGACGUUCUGUUGCAUCAUGAUCAUCGUUCCGCUCUUCUUCGUGCGCUGGCCCAGAGAG